AUGAACGCGCACAAGCCCACGAACGCGCACAAGCCCACAAACGCGCACAAGCCCACAAACGCGCACAAGCCCACAAACGCGCACAAGCCACCGAGCCUGCCCCCGGGAUGCCAAGUCUCCACGUCCCACGAAACUGUCAUGCACCUGUAUCACCCACUCCUCAUGCUCGUCGCGCUCCGUGCUGCGGCCUCGCGCUUUUCUCGCUUCCCGAUCCCCGUUACCCCUGACCCCUACAGCAUCCAUCGGGUUUCUCCCUUGCGCAUUACGUCGUUCACUCAAACUCACACCACCGAUUCCUGCUGGCGUUCAGCCGUGACCGUUCCACGUCUUCAAGGAUUCUCCUCUGAGCCAGAUGCGAUCACAACUGGGCACGACGCUCCCCCAUCCCACAGCGUUGGAGCUGCAAAUUCCGUUGCCCCUUCGUCAACUUCCGGAGCUUUUCAGUCUCGACGACGAAAACAACGUGAUAAGAAGGCCAAACGAACCCCUGCUGCUGUGACCACGGAGGUCGACGACGACGAAGAGAUGAUAGACGAUGCUGAACCCCCCCUCGACAAAGACCUUCACAGGCAGUACCUGAGACUUUGUUGCAUCGUCUGGAAAGAAUUUGGUAUCCAAGAGGACAUGGCCUGGCACGCUCAGAGCUGCGCCCCAGCAGAUCGUGUGCGAGCCUUCGAGCACGAUCAGUCUUGCCCUGGACCCGAUCUCGCCGCUCCGCAAUUCUGGUUAGGUACCAACCCGAAGCCCAUUUCAGCCCUCUGGAACGAGCAAAUCUUCGAGGCUAUGUUGGAACGCUUUCAAGAGCUGUGUAGUGGUCAUCAGCCGAUACUUCCUAGCGACGACGAGUCGUAUCUCGUUGGCCGCAUAACUUCCAAGUUCGGACGUGGCCUGGGGCUUUGGCGCAAGGGACAGCCACAGGGCGAUGAAUCUUAUGAUGACGCCUUCGCCUGUCUCAGUGAAAGCGAGAAGACUCGAUUGAAGCAAGCCCGAGCCAACACUAGACGGCAAACGCGAGUCAAUGCUACCAUUGGCAAUGAGCACGACCCCACAGCAGAGGAGCCCCGCCCUGGAUACUACUCGGCGGUCCGAUUUGUUCUCGAGUGGGGCGGUCUGGGGUACGGCAGCUCUGACGAAUCAGAUGUCAACAUGGAUGGGCGUGCAGUCCUGUUGAGUCACGUACCUGCCUGGCGCGCCAAGUGGGCAAGAGUUGUCUUCGGUUAUGCUGACAGCGACCACCUCGAUAACCGUUGA